AUGGACAAGUCUUGGAUGCGCUGUAACGAUAGAUUGAGCGAUGUGUAUUUAAAAGGAGUUGAAGAUUUUCUUCAAUUUGCUUUUAAGCACACAGAACCAGAAGGUAAAAUUCCUUGCCCUUGUAAAAAAUGCAACAACAUUUUUCACAAAACUAGAGACGAAGUAAAGGAACAUUUAAUAAUUUUUGGGAUAGUCAAGGGGUACACUCGCUGGCUUUUCCAUGGAGAAUUUGCAGCCAAAGAGAAAAUCACUAACAAUAAUGAAGUAAGACAAGAGGAAGUAAGAAAAGGAAAAGGUGAUGAUAUAUUUGAAAUGAUUUAUGAUGCUACUGGCCCUGAUAUCACGAAUUAUUCUGGUGGGGUUGAUCCUUCUGAACCAGUUUCGGAAUUUUUCAAAUUACUGGAGGAUGUUGCACAACAACUUUAUUCUGGUUGCGAGAAAUUCUCCAAGUUGUCAAUGAUUGUGGAGUUGUUUCAAAUUAAGUGCCUUUAUGGAUUUAGUGAUAAAGCAACUGACUGCAUAAUGAAGUUAAUUAAACGAGCACUUCCUUCUGGUGAAACUUUAUCGGAAUCAUUCUAUGGAGCAAAAAAAGUGAUUCGAAGUUUAGGUCUUCGUUAUGAAAAAAUACAUGCUUGCGAAAAAUAUUGUGUGCUGUUUUGGAAACAUAAUGCAAAAGCUGAAUCUUGCUUGGUUUGUGGCGAGUCUAGGUGGAAAUCAAGAGAAGGUCAAAAAGCUAAUGGGGCUAAUACAGAAAAGAGUGGGAGCAAAAUUCCUCGAAAAGUUUUGCGUUACUUUCCUUUGAAACCAAAAUUGCAAAGGUUGUUUACGUCAUCAGAAAUAACUUCAGACAUGACAUGGCAUCAUGAUCAACGUUUGAAAGAUGGGGUUCUUAGACAUCCAACCGACUCAGAUGUACGGAAAUAUUUUGAUACAUCUAACCCGGGCUUUGCCAGAGAUCCUCGUAAUGCUAGACUUGGAUUAGCAUCUGAUGGAAUAAAUCCUUUCGGCAAUUUAAGUGUUUCUCAUAGCACUUGGCCAGUAAUUAUUACUGUGUAUAACCUACCCCCUUGGAUGUGCAUGAAGCAACCAUAUUGCUUCUUAUCUUUGUUGAUACCUGGCCCUAAAGCUCCUGGAAAUGAUAUUGAUGUAUACUUAGAACCUUUGGUGGAUGAGUUGCAAGAAUUGUGGUAUAAUGGAGUCAAUACAUAUGAUGCUUCGAGAAAGGAGAACUUUUGUAUGCGAGCAGCACUCUUAUGGACUAUAAAUAAUUUUCCAGCUUAUGCCUACUUGUCUGGAUGGAGCACAAAGGGAGCUUUGGCUUGCCCUUCAUGCAACAAAGAGACUCCGUCUACUCGAUUAAAGUAUGAUUGUAAGUUUUCUUACAUGGGUGCUCGUAGGUUUUUAUCGCCUAAUCAUAAAUGGCGGGAAAAUAAACAUGAUUUUAAUGGGGAAGUAGAAAGAAGACCUGCUCCAAAAAUUCUUUCUGGAGAUGAUAUUUUAAAUCAGUUGGAUAGCAUGGAAGACACUAAAUAUGGAAAGACCCAAAAGAGAAAAAGAUACGAAAAAAGUAAAGGCAUUCAUAAUUGGAGGAAGAAAAGCAUCUUUUUCAAACUUCCUUAUUGGAAAAAUAAUCUAAUACGCCACAAUUUAGACGUCAUGCAUAUUGAAAAAAAUGUGUGUGACAAUAUUAUUGGGACACUAUUAGAUAUGGAAGGAAAAAUGAAAGAUAAUUUGAAUGCUCGUCGUAAUUUGAAGGAAAUGGGUAUAAGAAAAGAUUUGCAUCCAACUCAAAGAGAUGGAAAGUGGUAUUAUCCAGCAGCAAGCUAUACUUUAUCACCAAAUGAGAAGUCUAAAGUAUGCAAGUUCUUGAAAACUAUUAAGGUUCCAGAUGGAUAUUCUUCCAAUUUAUCACGGUGUGUAAAGUUAGAGGAUCGUAAAAUUUUUGGAAUGAAGAGUCAUGACUCUCAUCUUCUUUUGGAACAAUUGCUCCCUUUUGCAAUCCGCGGAGUCCUACCAAACCAUGUCUAUGAUGCUAUUACCGAGCUAAGUAUUUUCUUUAGAGAAUUAUGUUCAAAAACUGUAAGAGUUGAUAUGUUGGAUCAACUUGCAACUCAAAUUCCAAUUACAUUGAGAAAAAUAGAAAAAAUAUUUUUGCCAACAUUUUUUGAUAUUAUGGUGCACUUGGUCAUUUAUCUUCCAAGAGAGGCUAAGCUUGCUGGACCUGUACAAUACAGAUGGAUGUACACAAUAGAGCGAUUCUUGCGCAAACUGAAAUGUUAUGUUCGCAAUAGAAGUCAAUCUGAAGGAUCUAUUGCAGAAGGUUAUAUUGUUGAAGAAGUCUUAUAUUUUGUUCAAGGUUGCCCUUUGUUAAAAGAUACAUCUAGAAAUCUUAAAGAGUUUGAGCGAAAACAAACUCAUCUUUAUGUUUUGAGAAAUUGUGAAGAAGUUCAACCAUUUUUACGGGAGUACGAGCAGAGUAAUAGUGACAUGAACUUCGAUAAUUGGUUUUUUCAUCGAGUAAGUUUUCACUUCCUAACUGUUUUAUGUGAUAACCUGAAUAAAAUUGGCAAUGACUUUGUUAGCGUCAAUACUAACCGAAAGUUAGCAACAAAUGAACCAUUCGUGCUUGCAUCUCAAGCAGAACAAGUUUUUUAUGUCAGGGAUAAUCUUCAUCCCAAUUGGUCAAUUGUCUUGAAUGGUCAUUCUUCUUACUUUACUGAUGGUACUGUCAAUGAAGAAACUUUUCAACAAGAUGCUCAAGAUUUCUCUUGUACAUUUAAGGAAGAUGAAGACUUUAUGUAUUGGAGAAGAAAUGAUCUUGAUGUUAUCAGCACUAAUGUUACCUUAGCUGAUGAUAUUAUUGAAGACAUCGAAUCAGAACCUGAAACCGAUGACGAAGAUUUGUUACUCUAA